CGGGGCUACGGCGAGCCCUGAGCGGUCGUGCGUGGCGACAGGCAGGGACGGCAGCUGCGGCAGCUGCCGUCCGCUCGGCCUCGCCUCGCCGCCGCCUGUCAGCCACCUCCGGGGGUUUCGCGGGCCAGAGGCCUCGCCAGCCCAGUCCCCGGCCCUCAGGGCUGAGGGGCCGGGGCCGAGGCCGGGCCCCGCCUCGCUCCGGGAGGGGAACUUUGUCCCCUCGUGUCGCGCGUGGGCGGGUGGGCCGCGCCUGUCCGCGCUGGGCCGGGGAGUGCCGCGGCGGAGCGCCCGGGCAUGUGACCCGGUGGUCGGAGGCAGCGUGGAUCGCCCCCUCCCCUUCCUUCGCCUCUAUUUGCCGGACCCCGGCCCCAUCCCACGUACGGCUGUGUCAGAGGUGUUGGAAAAAGCGUUUUUCUCUCCCUGCCUCGGUCAGCCGCGGUGCCCGCCGUGCCUGGGGCCGUAGGGGAUGUGUGUGGAAGGGAUUCUGCCUUUUCUGGAGCGGGCUGGCGGGUGUGUUGCCUCACCUGGGGUGCGAGAAGAAGGACUUCAUGUAACUGGCUGAAAAAUGGUUCCACAAGAUGACAGCACUAACUCUAACACUGUUAAAAUGGAGACUGCCGUCACUUUGACAUGAUGUGUGAAGUUUGUUAGUCAGCAUUUUUUGUUUUCUUUUUUUACAGUUACUGCAGAAGUCUUGAAUAGGUUACAAAUGGUGUGGGUUUUUAUCAUGAAUCGAAUGAGCUCCCAGAGCAGUUCAUCCACCCAGCGUAGGCGAAUGGCUCUAGGAAUUGUCAUUCUUCUCCUCGUGGAUGUGAUAUGGGUUGCCUCUUCAGAACUCACUUCUUAUGUUUUUACCAAGUACAACAAACCUUUUUUCAGUACGUUUGCAAAAACAUCCAUGUUUGUUCUAUAUCUCUUGGGAUUUAUUGUUUGGAAACCGUGGAGGCAACAGUGUACUCGUGGGUUUCGUGGAAGGCAUGCAGCUUUUUUUGCAGAUGCUGAAGGUUAUUUUGCUGCUUGUACAACAGAUAACACUGUAAACAGUUCUCUGAGUGAACCUUUAUAUGUUCCUGUAAAGUUUCAUGAUUUGCCAACUGAAAAAAAUGGCAGUAAUAAUAAUGAUGCAGAGAAAACUCCCAAAAAGCCUCGUGUAAGGUUCAGUAAUAUUAUGGAGAUUCGCCAGCUCCCAUCAAGUCAUGCGUUGGAAGCAAAGUUGUCUCGCAUGUCAUAUCCAACAGUUAAGGAGCAAGAGUCAAUAUUAAAAACUGUAGGAAAACUCACUGCAACUCAAGUAGCAAAAAUUAGCUUUUUCUUUUGCUUUGUGUGGUUCUUGGCAAAUUUCUCUUACCAAGAAGCUCUGUCAGAUACUCAAGUUGCCAUAGUUAAUAUCUUGUCUUCGACUUCUGGGCUUUUUACUUUAAUCUUAGCCGCAGUCUUUCCCAGUAACAGUGGAGAUAGAUUCACUCUGUCCAAAUUAUUAGCUGUUAUUUUAAGCAUUGGUGGUGUGGUGCUUGUUAACCUUUCUGGAUCUGAGAAAUCUGCUGGAAAAGAUACGAUAGGUUCCCUUUGGUCUCUUGUGGGAGCAAUGCUAUAUGCUGUGUAUAUAGUAAUGAUAAAAAGGAAAGUAGAUAGAGAAGAUAAGCUUGACAUACCAAUGUUCUUUGGUUUUGUAGGGCUGUUCAAUCUGUUGCUGCUGUGGCCAGGGUUUUUCCUGCUUCACUAUACUGGAUUUGAAGCAUUUGAGUUUCCCAAUAAACUAAUAUGGAUGUGCAUUGUCAUUAAUGGCCUUAUUGGAACGGUUCUGUCAGAGUUCCUCUGGCUAUGGGGAUGCUUUCUUACCUCAUCUCUGAUAGGCACACUUGCGCUAAGCCUUACAAUACCUUUGUCCAUAAUAGCUGACAUGUGUAUGCAAAAGGUGCAGUUUUCCUGGUUAUUUUUUGCAGGGGCGGUCCCUGUAUUUUUUUCUUUUUUCAUUGCAACUCUGUUGUGUCACUAUAACAACUGGGAUCCAGUGAUGGUGGGGAUCAGAAGAAUUUUUGCCUUUAUUUGUAGAAAACAUCGCAUUCAGAGAAUGCCAGAAGAAAGUGAGCAGUGUGAAAGUCUCAUUCCUAUGCACAGUGUUUCACAAGAUGGAGACAGUUGCUGUUCAUAGACAAAAAGUUUAAAAAUGGAUUAAUGCCCAGCGAAGAGACAAUCUUCUGGAAAAGUCCCUAAGGAAUCUGUGUUUCAGUGCCUAUUCUGAAUUUGUAGUAAAAAUAAGAAGUUUCAGUUCUUUUGAAACUCUAAACUCUUUCUUGCUUUCAUCUGGUUUUAUAAAUUGAACAAAUUUACUACACGCCUAUCACCAUGGGGAAUCUUAGUCCAUCUGAGCAACCAGCCUGCCUUAUAACACUGAGCUGGUGAAGUUACUUGACAAAAUCAAGAAAACAAAUGCUGUUAAGUGAUUUCUUUCUUUUUUUAACUCACAAUUUUGUUAAAUGCUGGACAAUAUAAUUUUUAAAAAAUACUUUCAAAUGAGUUAUGUAAAUAAGUUUGCAAGUCAUCAAGUCUUACAGGCUUUCAGAUGAAGAGCUAAAUAGAUAUGUUACCUGUAAUAGGUACAAAUUAACUUUUUUAUGUUGUACAAACUAUUUGCAUAUUAAUAGAAGAAAAUAGAAAAAUAAUUUAUUAAGUGCAUUCUUGUAAUUAUUGAGGCAGGAUCUUUGUAGGGUCCCAGAACACUACAUAUAUAUUGUCUUUAGGCCAUUGUAAUGGCAAUGGGUGCCAGUGUUUAAAAAUCUUUUGUUACCUAACAAUCUGGAAUGCUUACAGUCUUAGUGGAUGCCAAAAUAUUUAUAAUUACAGUACAUUUGGGUGUACAGUCUCAAAAUUAAUGUUUGUUUUAAACAAUCCAAUUCUAUAACCCAUUCUUAAUCCCAUUAUCCUUCAUUCCAUCUCAAACAGAAAGCUAAAUCUGACCAUUCGCACAUGAAUAGCUGCCAUGUUAUUAAAGAGAUCAAAUUAAUUGUGGCUGUUUUCAGUCAGUGAGUUGGCACUACAGUAAUCUGCUGAACCACCUGAAAGAUAAAGGUCUUUGUCUUGAUAUUUUUUUUUCCAGUUGCUUUAAUAAAUUCAUUCUAAAAUGGAUCAUUUUCUGUGUAAUCUGUAUCUUCCCUCCACGGCAACACUUCUGUCCCACAUGAUUCUGAGCAGUUACGAACACGUACUUUCAGGAACAUUUCAAAUUGGUGCCGUUUUGCAGCUUCUGGCAGUAAGACACUUAAGGUUAAUUUUGGCUUUUGAUGGAUUUGACUUUUUUUGUAAUUAAUAUUGGAUGGAUUUUCAGCCAACAGCCUUCUCUUCCACAUAGUAAGGUUAUUAAUAAUCCUUCCAUGCAAAUACAGAAGGAUGGCAUUUCAUGUUUUGACACUCACUAAUGAUCCUUCCAAAAGAAAUUUUAGUGGUUUAGUGAUAAAACAAUUAGACAAGUGGGAAUGCAGGAGAGAAACAUGCUUAACUAUACAUUUAGAAGGAUUGAUUAGCCAGCAGCUCAAAUUUAGUGUAAAAAUCUGCCAGCAGAGAAAGGAGAGGAAUGAAUAAAAAAAGAACCUCCUAGGGGCUAUACUGGUCAAGUGUUGCACCUUUAUCAGAUUUUUCCUUUCAAUUUAUAAUACAGUGUUACACUACAAGUUUGAGAAUCUGAGGCAUCUCUUGAGACAGUGAGUCCUUUGUUGUACACUUGAAAUGAGAAUUAAAAAAACACCCAAAGCAACACAACAAAGCCCAAACAAACAAAACAAAAAGCUUAUUGAAUAUAUGAAGGUAUUUGGAGAAAAUUCUUAUUUCAGUUCCCAAACCCCACAAGUAGAAGGGUUGAGAAUGCAAUAUAUAGAAUAAAUUAUACAUUUAACUUGAAUAGAAUUUUCAGGGAAGGAAGUGAAGUUUCCUCAGUUUGGGAGUUUGGGCUUUCGUUAAGGGUUUUUUUUUUUUUCAUAAAUUCUGACAAAUGAGAGGAUAAUAACUUCAGCUUUUUGUUUUAGAAGUAGUGUUAAGGCCUAACUGGCAAUAGAAGGCUAAUGUAUGUUUUCAAUUAAUUAUAUGUUUCAAUGAGAUCAGACUGAAUAUAUCAUGCAAGGCAUUAACUACAAAUUUGAAUCAGAUGGGACUUGCAGCAUCAGCAAAUUAAGCCUGGGAAAACUUGAGUAUGCUUUUGGAUGAGCAAUUAGGGUAUUUUUAGUGAAAUACUCUAGUACUGUCUUUGGAAAUUGAUCAUACUGAUAAAAUUGAAGAAGUAAUGUAUAAUGGGAAGUUACUUUUCAUAUCUGUCCCUAUGUUCAUGGGUUAAAGCUCAUCAUAGCCUCCCAUGUACUAGAAGAAUAUUCUUCUGUCUCUGACCCCAGGAAUGCCGAAGAAUAUUUUUGUUUGGUAAAUUCCAGCUUAGGGCCAUCCAGCUGGUUUUGGUUUUUCAACAAAAAGUGUCAGUUUCUUUUCUUUUUUAAGAUAUUUGAUGUUUUAAUCUCAUGGCACUAGGUAGCUUGAGCAGCCUUUUUGCAUUAAAUCGCAGUUCUUUAAGAAACAAAGCAAACUGUCCAUCCUGAAAGGAUUUUUAAACAGUGGCGCCCUUGUAGUUAAAGAAACGUAUUACGGUUUUAAAUACGAAAGCUAUGACAUGUAACAUUGUUCCUGCAUUUAAUAGAAUGUGAUGAGCAUUUUCUAUAAAAUCUUGUGAUUUUUAGUACAAUAAUAUUUUAUAAAUAUGAUGUCUAAUUUGAAAUGUAAAUUGCGUAGCUCUCUAAUGGGUGCUUGGUAAAUGCAGAAGAGAUUUAGCGUUGAUUCUCAGGUACCUCUGACGUAAUGGAGACAUGCUGAGUUUUUCUUCCUCGUGAUACAACUGGAAUGUGAAGGAGCUCUCUUAUAAAUGCUUUACUUCUGUGUGCUACCAUCAAUUGUCAUUGCUCUUAUUGUUUCAAUUUGGGGAUGUCUUUUUUUCUGACUUAUUUCUUGUAGAAAGCACAUAUGUUUAAAAAAAAUGAUAUCUUUUUUUAUCUCAAGCAUUUGUUUGAAUGUUAUUAGAUGCUUAAAGAACAGUGAUUUCCCAUGCCUACAAAAUGGAAAAUGAAUGCUACAUGUGUUGCUCUGUCAAGUAGUUGAACUAAUUACUGUAAUCCUAUCAGACAACCAACAAUUUCUUCUGUGUGUGAUUGAGGUUUUGGAGCUAUUUGGGUUUUCUAUAUGGAGGAAAUGAUGAUAAUUUGCCAAAUGCCACACAGCAUGCCUUCACUUUUAUGGAUUUGGCGAGUCUUGCAUAGUUUGAUGUACUGUAUACUGCACUCCAGAACAAAGGGGGGAAAGGGGAUUUCGGUUUUUCUGGCUACUUUAUUAGGUUUCAGUCGUGGCAAAAACGUGUUCACUAUGAGGAACUGCUGUAGAUUUAAAACUAAUUCAGCAAAGGACUGAAGUACAUGUGACAUCAGUACUCAGCAGUUACUUAGAAAGUGUGGGGCACAUGAUUGCCACUGAAGACGAGCAAGGUCCCAGUGUUCCUGUUGCCCAGUGCAUGCUGCAUCUUGCCUCUUGGCUUUUUGCCUGUGUAGGCUGUUAGUGACUGAUCUGGCUUGCGAUGGAUUCAACCUGAAGCAGACUGCACACAGAAACUCAGAAGGAGGAAGGCAAAGGCGCUGCCUGGUUAUCUCACUGUGGUGUUGCAAAUGCAAAAAGGUAUUUGGUAGAAAUCGAGUGCUAAGCAGUGGUGUUUUUCAAAUGACAAACCGUGGUGCUGCAUGUGAUACUUGACCCAGUGUGCUGGUAUAUGCACUGCAUACUUACUUGUGAUGUACCAGUAAAAAUAGGAGAGCCUGCAAA